AUGGCAGACAAUAGUCGUGUUGAUAUUAUCUUCAUUGGCGCUGGCGCCGUCGGUUGUUUCUAUGCUUCGCGACUCCAUCACCCAUCGCAAAACAUCCAUGUUUCUCUUGUAGCGCGCUCAAACUAUGCUGCUAUUGAGAAGGAUGGCGUGAAGCUUCAAACGCGAAGCUUCGGCGACUACACUUUCAACCCAGACGCGGCAUUCCCAUCUAUUGAUGCCGCUGCUGCUGCCAGUUCAUCGGGCGGAAAGCGAGAUUGGCACUAUAUCUUUGUAACAACGAAAGCUCUUCCAGAUAUCAGCGAUGACUCUUCUAUAAUCGAGCCUCUGGUCGGUCCAAAGUCUUGCAUCGUUCUCAUCCAGAACGGUGUCGGCGUGGAAGAGCCCUUCAGGAAACGAUUCCCCAACAACCCCAUCGUCAGUGCUGUUACGGUUAUCAGCGCAGAGCAGACUUCUCCUGGUACAAUUCGCCAGAACCGCUGGACACGUAUCAGUAUUGGACCUUACACAGAUGGCCUGGCCUCGCAAGACUCGGAGCUAGGUCGCCGCGGAACAGAGUCAACUGAGGCGCUGCACCGUUGGUGGUCAGACCUAGGCGGUAUCAAAGACGUGGAUCCUCAUGAUGAAGUCGGUCUUCAGACUGUGCGAUGGCAUAAGCUCUGUAUCAACGCAGCUAUGAACCCUUCAGCUGUUCUUUCCGGAGGUCGCGGCAACGCGGAUAUGGUCGCAGAUGACGAACUGCAGCGACAUCUAUCCGGCGUGAUGCACGAGAUCCGCGAUGCCGUGCCAAAGAUCUUGGGUCGACCUUUCCCGGAUAGUAUGGCCAAACCGGAGAAGAUCAUCGAGAGUACGGCGCGCAAUAAGGGUGCCAGGCCAAGUAUGUUGCUGGACUGGGAAGCUGGCAAGCCGCUCGAGCUCGAGGUGAUCUUGGGCAAUCCCGUGAGAAUCGCAAGGGCCAGAGGUGUUGAGAUGCCGAGAUUACAGAGCUUGUAUGCCCUCUUAAGAUCUGCCCAAGCCAUGAGAAAACAAGACAUCAAGGGCAAGCUGUAA